UGCCAAGUAGCCUGGUCCGUUAGCUGGGGCGUCUCUGAAGAGGACGGCAGCGAAAGGGAACGGCUCGGAGCUCAGGCGGGACAGAAGUCGUCUGGCUGGGGAUACCCUGGUGUACAUGAGGACCGAUAAACGCGACUUGGGUACACGAGGGACUCGACAUGCAUCGGAUAACGGGGAAAGCGGGAGAGGACAGUUUAAUUGAGAUGAGCCCAACCGACUCUUUAAGCGAUGAUAUAAAUGGCUACCACCAACAAGCCUCAUCCAGUGCGGGAUCCCUCCAGCAGGGACAAUUUGCGUCUCCUUUAAUGCCUGAUGUGUGUGUAGAGACCUGUGAGUCUCUCAACACCAGCCUGGCCUCCCUGGCCCCCUCUGAUCACAGCGACAGCCCAGAGUUUGAGGCUCAGACCUUAGAGCAAAUCAAUACUUUGACUGGGCUGUCGAGAAAGCGGGCGCUAUUCCUGAAGUUUCGUUCCAGGAUUGACAAACAACAACACAGUAAAGACUCCGUGUUCUUCCGUGAUGGUGUGCGCAGGAUUGAUUUUGUCCUGUCCUAUGUUGACGAUAGAGAUGGUGAGCGAAAACAGGAGAGGAGGAAGGUGUAUGAGGCCAAUCUGGAGAAAGUCGGCCUGGAGUUGGAGAUAGAAGAUAAAUCGGAGUCAGAGGAUGGAAAGACUUCUUUCGUGAAGAUCCACGCUCCAUGGGAAGUGCUGGCCACCUACGCAGAUGUGCUGAAGAUCAAGGUCCCAUUCAAGGCCAAUGACAUCCCAGACAACAGCGAGAUGCCCAUGAACUGGCUGUCUACCCCUUUUCGUCUGCCGGAGCACAUCAUGCACCCUGAGCCGGACUAUUUCACUGCUCCCUUCAACAAGAGCAAGUCUGACUUCUUCCUUAUCGACAACAAAGACACAUUCUUCCCCCCUUCUACUCGCAACAGGAUAGUCUACUACAUCCUGUCCCGCUGUUCGUACAUUAGGGAUCAAUGUGGCGAUAAAGACAAGAAGGGAAUCAAGAGGUUACUCAACAACGGCACCUACACUGCUGCCUUCCCGCUGCAUGAUUCUAGGUACUGGAUAAGAUCGAGGGACCCUAACUGCGAUAGUGAGCGAUAUGACCUCUACAAAUACUGGGCCAGAUUCUUCUGUUUCUUCAAGGAGCAGCCUCUCAAUCUUAUUAAGAAGUAUUAUGGGGAGAAGAUAGGUAUUUAUUUUGCGUGGCUGGGUUUCUACACUGAGAUGCUGCUGUUCGCUGCAAUAGUAGGGACAAUUUGUUUCAUCUAUGGAUUCCUCACCUACGAUGACAACGAGUGGAGUAAAGAAAUCUGCAGUGAGGAAAUCGGAGGAAAGAUUGUCAUGUGUCCGCUAUGUGACAAGAAAUGUGGCUACUGGAAACUCAACACUACAUGCAACUCCUCAUGGCAAUCACACCUGUUUGACAAUGUGGGAACAGUGUUUUUUGCCAUAUUUAUGGGGAUCUGGGUGACGCUGUUUCUGGAGUUAUGGAAGAGGCGGCAGGCUCGUCUCGAGUACGAGUGGGAUCUGGUCGACUUUGAGGAGGAGCAACAGCAGCUGCAGCUUCGGCCAGAGUAUGAGACCAAGUGCACCGACCGCAAGAAGAACCGCAUCACGCAGGAAAUGGAGCCAUACUUACCCAUAACAAGCAAGUGUGCACGCACAUGUCUGUCUGGAGCCACCGUCCUGUUCUGGAUCUCAUUGAUCAUUGCCUGCAUCAUUGGGGUGAUAGCGUACCGCCUGGCGGUAUACGCAGCCUUCGCCAGCAUCAUGAAGGACAGUCCCACCACCCACCUGCAGGUGGUUGGCCCCUUCAUCACGCCACAGCUGGCCACCUCUGUCACCGCCUCCUGCAUCAACUUUAUCAUCAUCAUGGUCCUCAACCUCAUGUAUGAGAGAGUGGCUGUUUGGAUCACUGAUAUGGAAAUUCCCAAGACUCACCUGGAAUAUGAGAACAAACUGACGGUUAAGAUGUUCCUCUUCCAGUUUGUCAACUACUACUCCUCCUGCUUCUACGUGGCUUUCUUUAAGGGCAAGUUUGUCGGCUAUCCUGGAGAUUAUGCUUACAUGUUUGGCAAGUGGAGCAAACUGAGGAACGAAGAGUGUGACCCUGGUGGCUGUUUGAUUGAGUUGACCACCCAGCUGGUGAUAGUGAUGACUGGUAAACAGGUGUGGGGCAACAUCCAGGAGGCUCUGGUCCCGUGGCUGAUGAACUGGUGGGGCAGUAGGAAGGCACGAAGCCACCCUGAGAGUCUGUACAGUCGCUGGGAGCAGGACCAUGACCUACAGAGCUUUGGCCAACUGGGCCUCUUCUACGAGUACCUGGAAAUGGUGAUCCAGUUUGGUUUCAUCACACUGUUUGUCGCCUCCUUCCCCCUGGCACCCCUGUUGGCACUUUUCAACAACAUCAUCGAGGUUAGAGUGGACUCGUGGAAGCUCACCACUCAGUACAGACGCCCUGUGGCAGCGAAGGCCCACAGCAUCGGAGCCUGGCUGGAAAUCCUCAAUGGGAUGGCCGUGCUCUCUGUUGUCACAAAUGCAUUCAUUGUGGCCUUCACCUCUGAUAUGAUCCCUCGGCUUGUGUACAUGUACGCCUACCAGCCAGACGGUGAGAUGAAUAUGAAAGGCUACAUAAACAACAGCCUGUCGGUGUUUAAUAUCUCUGAGAUCCCACUGGCCAACAGGCCCGAAGACGGAGAAAACCCUCUCUGGUUUAACAGCUCCAUCACUACCUGCAGGUAUCGUGAUUACCGCUACCCUCCUGGCCAUGAGAAGCAGUACUUCCACACUAUGCAGUUCUGGCAUAUUCUGGCUGCCAAGCUGGCUUUCAUCAUUAUCAUGGAGCAUGUUGUGUUCCUGGUCAAGUUCUUCGUGGCCUGGAUGAUUCCCGAUGUUCCCUCUGACGUGAGGGCUCGGAUAAAGAGAGAGCGCUACCUGGUGCAGGAGUAUCUCCAUAACUAUGAAGUGGAGAAGCUGAAGAUCCAACUCAGCCACAACAGCCACAAUGAGUGUACCUGCACGCCCAUGAUCUACCCGUCUUUACCCAAACACGAGGUGCUGUCAGAGUGCCUCUAGCCCCAUGAGCUGCUGGUCGAUCAGCUGGACAUGAUGGGAGGACGCGAUGAUGUAUUGCUCGCUUGUGUAUUACGAUACUGAACAUCAUUUUGCUGUAGUGCCUGUCUCGUUUGUGCAGCACACGCACACACACACAUACACACACACACACACACACACACACACACACACACACACACACAGAGCUUAUAUUAAAGGGUUAGAGGUCUCCUCAAUUCACAGUCAUCCAUCUUCUACUAACCUGCUGAUAGUGGAAGUGCACACAGGUGACAGUCCAAGUCUCCAUGCAUGCCGAAUCUUGAGGCAUAUGAAUCUAAAACUCUGCCUCAUGUUUAUGGAUUUUCACUCUCUGUGUCGUCAUCGUGGUGCUGAGGAUAAUCAAAAUGUUGCUGUAAGGAAAGAGUGAGGAAGUACACUGUGUUUAAGACAGGCAACAUACUCUUGUUUUAAUUCAAGACUAUUUAUUUAAGUGCCACUAAUAACCAAAGAUCAAAUGCCUUAAUAUAUCACAAACUUAUUAUUGGUUCUAUCUGCAAGUAUAAUAUCUAUUGAUAUUAUUGGAAACUGAGCUUGUUUGUAUGUACAGCUGUAUGAAGGGUUUCAGUGUCAUAUACUGUAAGUUUAUGUUCAAUGAUUUUUUUGUUUUGUUUUUACAGCUACUGCAACAAAUGUGAGCAUUGUUUAUGUGACAGCAUUACCAAAUUAUUUUCCUCGCUCCACUGGAAGUGGACCAGUUCAUAGGCUGGUCCCAUUUUGCUUCAGCCUCAUAACAGCCCAACAGUUUCUCCAGGCCAAAAUCUGACAUGUGAAGUAGCUUUUUAUGAAGACAGAUCUGUGCUGCUGUUACUACUGUGAGUAAGGGCGGAUUGUGUCCUGCAAUGGCCAGUUUUUGAGCAGCUGCUGGUGCACGUUGACAGCGACUCCUGUUCCUGGAGAUGAGAAGUGAAAAAGCCCUGAGAGAGUGAAGAGAACCCUUUUUAAUGUGCCUCUGCUUAUCAACAUGUCAAAGCUAAUGAGCGCCUGCCCCUGCCUACUGUACGAUGUUUGCUCCAUUACACAAAGCACAUCAGCCAUCGCCUACUUCUUGUGCUUCUAGUUUCCUCAGCUGUGUCUGUGUAGAAAAGGAAAGAUACACAUUCUUUUUUUAUGAUUAUUUUGCACAAAGCACUUAAUGAAACAUGACAACCAAAACGUAAACAUGUCAGUCUAAUUGUUGUCAUGACACUAUGUAUUCACAACCAGUGUUUGGAACGAGAGCUGUACUGCAGGUAAGAAGGAGUGCCCUGUUCUGAAUUUGAUGUUUAUAUUGACCUUAACAGGAGAUAGAUGUAGCUUUUUAUUUUUAAUAAUAUGAAGGAUAUUUCAUAUUUAUUAGGCUGCCUACAUGCAAAUAUAUGAGAAGUAUCUGUUAAAGUAUUUGGAUUUUAAGUAGAAUAGCUGGCUGGCUGUGCUACAAACUCAGGCAACUAAACCUGUGUUUGUUCGAGAUGCAUGUAGAUGUGACCACACGCAAUGUUGGAUGUUCCAGUUUCCUUUUACUCGGCUAAAAUCAUGCCUGUUGAUGCCUUAAUACGUCUAAUACUUUUUUUCAUGUAUUUCCUUGUCCUUCUAACUCACUUUCCUCUUACGUCUUCUUUUGUUAUGCUUUAGCCGUAAUAUUUUCUUUUAUACCAUCACCAUGCUCGGAAAAGUGGUGAACCUGUUUACUGUAUGCUUA